AUGAUAACAGGUUAUGAGCCUAACUUCGGUUUCGCCAACGGUAGACGACUCGUCCCUGCUUCAGCAGCACCCUGCCGAGAAAUGAACGUGCGAGAGCCAGCUGUCGUCGUCGAUGCCCAAGCCCACGAAAGGGGUGCGAGCACAGAUGAUAGGGUCCUCACUAUGCUCCAGGCGCUCGAGACGUCGCAGAUGCAGGUCGACGAGGAAGAGCGGCUGCCAGGAGCGAUCGAUGCGGACGUAAACGCAUUGGAGCUAGACCGCGGCAUGGGCGGCACUUCAAUGCAUAGGACGCACUUGGCUACGACGCGCCGCGACCAGCACGCAAACGAGUGCGCGUGGCGCAACCAGGGAUCUCGCUCUUUAAACCGCUUGGGCCGCAACGAGGCGGCAGACAACAGCAAGCUCGGCAACAAGUACUACUCUAUGCGCCGGCGCCGGCUCAUGAGUAUAAGCACGUGCCAGCGCCUCCAGUGCUUCCAGCGCCGAAGCAAUAAAUGCCAAUGCGCACGCCGGAAGCGCCAACGCAAUCUCGCCAUUCAAAAGUUCGAUAGGAGUAAGUUGUACCAAGGCCUCGGCUCAGGCUUCUCGGAUUGGAGAAGAACGUUCCUCCGAUAA